AUGGCAGAUCCAAGCAAGGAUAAAGCAGGGGAUUCUAGUGUGGAUAAGCUAUAUGAAAUUUUCAGCAAAAUGUUUGAGCAGCAGCAACAACUCAGAGUGGUUCCUGAAGGAAUCAAAUAUGCACUUGAGCCUAAUCCAGUAAAGCUGGCUGGACCGGGCAAUUACAUUAGCUGGGCACGACAUGCCCAGUUAAUCCUGAGUUCUCAUGGUUAUAAUGACUUGCUUAGUGCUGAUGAAGGAAAACAGCUAAGUGACACUAGUGCAAAACAGGUUAAUGACAGAGUGUUGGUCUGGUUAUUAGGAAGCAUGGAACCACCAAUUCGAGAACAAGUUGAGACUAUGACUACUGUAUCUGAAGUAUGGGCAGCUUUGGAGAAGCAGUUUGCAGGGAGAUCCAAUAAAAUGCAAGGUAAUCGUAUUAUGCAUGAAUUGACAAACCUGAAGCAAGGUGCAAAGUCUGUGACAGAGUAUGCUGGUGAGACCAAAAGACUGUACAGAGAACUGCAUUAUUAUCAUCCCUUUGAGCCCGUUGACAAACAAGACUUGGCUAUUCAUCAUACCUGGUUUGAGCCAUUUGUGAGCAAGCUCUUUCUUGAUGGCUUAAAUGAGGAAUUUGACCUUCGACGCCAACUUAUAUUCUCAAAAACUGAGUGGCUUAGUCUUGAUGAUGUUAUCUCAAGUGUGAUAGAGGAGGAGACUCGGUUGGCUCAGCCUAAGAAUGGCCUAAAGUAUACAGAUGCUCGUGCAGCCUUAUCCAUGCAAGCUCGACGUGCCCCAAAGUUUGUUGGCAAAUCAGAUAAAAACAAACUUUUCUGCAACCAUUGUAAAAGGACUGGACACAUAAAGGAUGCAUGCUUUGAGCUGCAUGGCUUUCCAACUUGGUGGGAAAAAGGAAAGUCUCGGCCAGGGGGAGUUCAUGGAGCAAACAAAAAACAAGCUAACCUCACUACAUCCAAGGGGGAGCUACCAGUGGUCGAUGUGCGAGCUCUUGAGGAUUUUACUUCCAAGCUUAGACUCUCAGAAGGCUCGUCUACUUCCCAGGAUUCCUCUAAAGCUGAAUCUAGUUUCUAUAUCAAUUCACACCAAGGAGCUAGCGACAGGGAGACUGUUGGGGACUGGGACCGUGCAUGA